CAGCCCUAUUUAUGGGAAACUGCUGAAGCGGUAAAGUUGAUGAAUCCAGUAGGGCUGCUGUCAGCCGGCGGUGCUACAACCAUUUACUACGGGCUCCACCACCACCUCCUCUUCCAUCUGCGAGCCAAGUUCCAUUUUUUACCUGCACCUUCUUCCGACCUGCGCAUUUUCGUAAACACCUCGCGUGCAUACCUCAGUCUCCCUCCUUUCCUACUCCUCAGAACUCGGCCUCGCAUGCACUGCUCCAACUGCUGCAAAACCCUAAAUAGAGGCCGAUCAUUGACGCUAUUGGCCAUGUCUCAGACCCAGGACAUGGUCGUUCGUAACUGCGAGUUGCUGGACAAAAAGAAGGCAGCUAUCCGCGAAGCCGGCCCGAGUAAGCUUCAGAUUAUUGCUGAUUUUGAUGGAACCCUCACUAAAUACUGGGUAGAGGGACGCCGUGGCCAGAGCAGUCAUGGCUUAUUAAAGCAGGGGAAUCCUGAGUAUGAUGCCAAAAGAGAAGAGCUUUAUGAUUACUAUCAUCCAUUGGAGUACUCUCCCACGAUACCCAUUGAAGAGAAAACUAAGCUAAUGGAAGAAUGGUGGGAGAAGACACAUGGCCUUCUCAUUGAGGGUGGCUUAACGUUAGAUGCAAUCAAGAAAUCUGUUACUUGUUCUAACAUUGCUUUUAGAGAUGGUGUAGUUAAGCUGUUUGAAUUUUUGGAGGAAAAAGAUGUUCCUAUUCUAAUAUUUUCUGCAGGACUUGCAGAUAUUAUAGAAGAGGUCUUCAGACAGAAACUUCAUCGUUCUUUCAAAAACAUUAAGAUAGUAUCAAACAGAAUGGCAUUUGAUGAUAAUGGUCGGCUUGUGUCCUUCAAAGUUGAAAUUCUGGUAGCCUCCCAGCUUCUCCCCUCACAUAGGGGCAUUUAUGAAGAUUUUGGUUCUUUCCUCCACGCAAAGAAAGAUGUUCAUAAUUGGUACCUGAAGACACCUCAGUUGGAAUCUUCAAAAGCCACCAUGCCAAGAAAAGCAUGUAUGGGGUACUAGCAUGAUAGAUUUGUA